AUGGAUAACAGUGAAGUAGAAUAUGAUGAUGAUUUAGCCGAUUAUACUCCUUCUCCUGAUGAAUUUCAAAAUGAAGUUCAAAGUAUUGCAUCUCUUUGUGAACGUUUCAAUCGACGAUACAAUCAUUGUCCGAUAUUUUUCAUGGACUCUCUUCAAGAAGCUUGUCAAAUAGCAUUCAACAAGCCAAUGAUUAAAGAUCGUAAACCAGUGCUUGUCUAUAUACAUCAUGACAAGACUUUGUUAAGUCAUAUAUUCUGUUCAAAUAUAUUAUGUUGCAAUAGUAUCAUUAAAUAUUUAAAUGAAAAUUAUAUUGUCUGGCCAUGGGAUAUUUCAUCUGAAUCAAAUAGAACUAAAUUGAAAGAAAUUUGGAAAGAAAUUUUUUCUGAUCAAUUUCCUUGUUUUUUUUCGUACCAACAAUGCCCUAUGCUUAUUGGUAUUAUGCAAAGACCAACAGGAGAAAAAGGUUGGUUAAUAUCAUCUGAAUACAAAUAUGAAUCCUUAGUUGAAUGGAAUAUGUUAACACGUUCUUCAUGGAAACUAAAUCGUGAAACAUUAAAAAAAGAACUAAUUAUCUUCAAAAAAGAAUUUGAUGAUAAUGAACAAAAUCUAUCAUAUAAUUUUAUUAGAAAAACUGGCCUAUGUUGGGACGUUAUUCUUGAAAUAGCUCAAUAUUUAUAUGUUAAUGAUGCAGUUAAUAUGUUCUCAUCGGAAAUUCUUCCAUUUUUGCAUAGAUAUAAAGCAAGACUACAUCUAUUUGAACCUUCAUAUGAAUUUAACAAAAUGAUUUUUCGAACAUUCAAUCCUGAACAAAUUGUUUCCUUAUGUUUGAGAACGAUUCGAUAUUUGCCAAUGAUUGAUUUACCUUCUCUAGCUAUUUUUACUGAGAUUAUAUCUUUAACUCUUCUCAAUCCUCUAGAUAUCGAACAAAUCAAUGAAUAUGUAAAAUAUUUUUCAAAAUUAAAUUAUCUUACUUUGUACUAUGAUGAUGAAGUUGAUUUAUACUCAUUAAAUACGAGUAUUCGUCAACUUUCAAUUCAAAUUAAACGAAUAAAAAUUCAUUGUACAACAGUAAUUCCUCGUCCUUAUUAUAAUAGGCCACUAAAAAUGACCGACACGAAUACUACAAUUGAACAUUUUGAUAUUAGUAUCGGUCGAUUUUUGUUAAAUUUCAAGAAUAAUCGUUUGUAUAAUCCAAAUUUAAGUUGUCUUAAGAAAUUAUUUGAUCUUAUGUUAAGCAUGGAAAAUGUUCGACAUAUUCGUGUAGUUAUCAAUGAAUAUCAUUUCGAGCAAAUGCUAUAUGAAAAUGAAUGGAAAAGGCUAGUAGAAAAAUGUAGUAAAUUGAAGACAUUGACGUUUGAAAUGAUUGGAAAUAUGUUAGAAGGCAAUCAAUUCAGAACAAAAUUACUAGAGAUUAAGAAUAAAAUUUAUGAUUGGAAUUCAACAAUUAAUUUUCGAAUCAUUAUCGUUUGA